GCGACUUGUGCUGUGUGUGUGUGGGAAGUAGGACCGGCCUGGUCCUUCUCUGUCCAGGAUGACCAACGUGCUGGAGUACCUGCAGGUGGACAGCUGUGACUCUGGUAUUGCAACCUUGGAAGAAAGAGAGGAUUGUGACUUUCAAGAUGAAGAUUCUACUCUGGAGAAUAAAUCAGGUGAUGAUGACAGUUCUAACAGUGACUCUGAAAGUGGCUCUGAGAGUGACUCUGACACAGAUGAAGAUGAAUCAAACAAGGAACUAGAAGACAAAGCACCUGGGUCAAAUUGUGUUAAAGCAGAGGUUAACACCCAAGAACACUGUGAACAUUGCAGGAUUCAACAAGGGCAGCAAGAGCAAGUAACUCCCAGGAGACUUUCCAGAGGACAAUACUGGUUGAAGCUUGAUGCUGAAGGAGUUUACCAAUGUGCUGUCACAGGCUUAAUCUUUGAAGUUACCAAAGCUGCUGUCAUUAAAUACUCCCUUUUGUCUUGGAGCAAGUUUGCCAAUUACAUUAAAGAGCCCUGGAUUGUUGGAGGCCCUAUAUAUGACGUCACAUGUACAUCCACCUCCGUCCUUACCUCUAUUCAGUUUCCACAUACCUUCUGCCUGAAUGAGCAUUCAUCAGACACAACAUUCAAAGUGUUCCAUUUCAAAAACAAUGGCGCAGAAUUUGAGGGUUCCAUCGAUCAUUCAGCCACGCACGUCAAAUGGCAAGAUGUCUCAAGAGCAGUUAAACUUUCUGGUAAGAAAUUUAUUAAAAUCGAGAAACCCCCUUGUCAGAAACUACUCCAAGGUGGGAAGAAAUACAGAUUAAUUAGUGAACCAGAAGCUGAAAUAACUCCUGAGGAGAUUGAAUUUGUCGAUGACUCUCUCCUAAAAGUGAAAAGUUAUAUUGAGGUGUAUUUAGAACAGCCAGUAGAACUUACAUUAUCUUUGGUGGAAAUGGACUCUGAAGAAACUGUAUGGAAAGCAAAGCUAAGGGAAUGUGACUGGAUCCAACAUAAUCAGAAUGACAAUGAGCAAAAAAGACGCACUGGCAGCAUCAGAAGACGAAAAUCUAGCAACAGUCUGUCGGAAGAGGAGCUUUGCAAUAAACGGGUGAAAGGUAACGACACUACAGAUGGAACAACAACUAAAACAGUAUUAACUGAUAAGCAACUGAUGAUCCUUGCAAAGAAGAUGGGUAAAGACUGGAAAGUUAUUGGCAUUCAGUGUCUUAACUUGUCCAUUGAAGAUAUUGAGCAGAUUGAAGCAAAGGAGGAAGACAUUAAUAUGUAUAAAUGCAAGAUGUUGCGAAAGUGGAGGGAUUCCGAAAAGAAUAAUGGGACUGCAAAACAUUUAUAUGGGUGCCUUAACGGUCAGGCAUCCCAUGAAGUGAUAGAAAUUUUGAAAGAUCAUCCCCCUCGUAUACUACAGAAUUUAGGGGGAUGA